AUGGAUCGUCAACGCCGUCAUGACUCGCAAGGAGUAAUGGAAGAUGAUCUAAACGACAUCAAAGCAGACAUCAGCUCAUUUCGCUACGAGUUACUUGAGAUACUUCAGACAAAUGGGAUGAAGACACCACAGUCCACCCAAAGACGUAGGUCUUUACUCCAACUCCUAAGUCUGGCUUGUUUUGCCAUCCUACCUCUCCUCAUAGCUAGGGCGAUAUAA